AUGGCAACCGUAGAACGUCAAGCCCCCAACGAAAGCAAUGUAGGUUCUCCCACCGUGGUUUCGCCUGUUGCCUCUGGCAGCAAAAGAAGUGACGCAGAAGACGUAAUGGCAGCCGAGAAAGUCAACUUAAACAACGUUGGUGAGAAACCCUACAUGUGUGGGCAGUUUGGGCACAAGGCAUCUUAUUCAUGUAGGCGUUACCUGUACCGACACAUGAUAACCCAUACAGGAGAAAAUGUCUACAAGUGUGACCAGUUUGACGAUUCUACAACAAAGAAAUCGACUUUUGAGAACCAUUUCACAAGACACAGCGGUGAAAAACUCUAUAUGUGCGAGGAGUGUGGGAGAACCUAUGCAGGUGAACAUCCGUAUAAAUGUGGCCAGUCUGACUAA